AUGAUCCUUCCAAAGAAAGUUUUGAGAUCUAUUGAAGCCAUUUGUAGGGCUUUCCUUUGGAAAGGGAAUUCUAUGUUUCAAGGUGCUGGUUCUGUUGCUUGGCAUUUCAUUUGUCAACCGAAGGCUGGUGGAGGAUUAGGGAUCAAGGACUUGGAAACUUGGAAUAAGGCUGCAAUAAGUAAGUAUAUUUGGGCAAUCUCAAAUAAACAAGAGAGUUUAUGGCUUAAAUGGGUACACAGUGUCUAUAUAAAGAGUCAAUCAUGGGAGACCUACUCUCCUUCCAUACAUUCCAGCUGGUAUUGGAAGAAAAUGGUGGCAUUGAAAGAUCAUAUCCGAGACAAGGUAGACUUUGAUACUUUCCAUAAGCAAAAAUAUCAUGUUGCAGCAGGUUACAAAAUGUUCUCUCCUCCUAUAACUAGGCUGCAUUGGAGUAAAGAGGCUUGGUCUAGACUUAACAUCCCAAAGCAUAGUGUUAUUGUUUGGUUAGCAAUGCUUAACAGGUUAAAGACACAAGAUAGAUUGCUGAAAUUUGGUAUGCAAGUGCAGGGGACCUGCUGCCUUUGUGAGAUGGAACCCGAGACCUGUAAGCAUCUAUUCUUUGAGUGUUCUGUUGCUGAGAAUUGUUUGCAGGUUCUGAAGUUAUGGCUGAGCUGGUUUGCCCAAACCAGCAGCCUCCAACAACUUCUCAAGUGGAUUGGGAAGUCAAAACUUUCCAAAUUUAAAAAGGGUGUAUACACGGCUGCUAUUGUAGGGCUGGUGUAUAAUAUUUGGAAGUCUCGGAAUGAAAUUAUUUGGCAAAAUGGUCGAGUUAACCCGACUAGAAUUGUUGAAGAAACAAAGUGGAACAUUAAGGCUCGGAUUGAUAGAGUGAUGCCUAAAAAAGUCAAGCCUAAGGAUAGAGAAUGGUUCCUCCUUUUGUAA